AGUUCCCAAUAAGUAGGUUUCCCUUUGAAAAGGGUUGCUACAAAAAGUCAGAUCGUGUGUACAUGUUGUGGGGAAACCAAUCAUUUCAUGUUCAUCAAAACCAGACGGCGAUUGCGUCACUGAAGCUUGGCUUUUCUGUGGAGCUGCCCCACCAAACUCCUCCCAUUCUCCACCGCAUUGGGCGCCCCCAGGACGCGCACUCCUUUAUAAACCUGUCCGCCUCGCACCUUCUGCCGGGUCAAAUUUCUCCGAACAACCGGUGGAGCCUCACCGUGGAAAUUACAUCGCAAGAGUGGCGCUUUUGUGGAAUUAUAAAUUUCGUUGCGAGUGAUUUUUUUUCUCCCUUCUUUAAAAUGAGACAUGUUGGAUAAAUAACUGAGCGGUGAAUGACUCGUGCAAGUGGUCAAGAAGCGAGACCCCAAGCGAGAGCAGCAGCAGCAGCAGAAGUCGGGCCAGGAUGAACUUGAUCGGGGGCUACCACCACCACCACCACCACCACCUCAUGCCCGAAGCCUUUCCAUUCGUGCAGCGCUGCCACCAGGACGCCCCGCCCUACUUCCAGAGUUGGGUGCUCAACCACGGCGAGGUGCCUCCGGACUUCCACAUCCAGGCGCCCUACCCGGCCGGCGCGGAGUUGACGCCGGGCGCCGCCGCCUCCUCAGUCGCCACCUCGCAGCACGACCACGCCCGCUUGGAGGGCCUGCAGGCCGGCAUGGCCAAGCGGCGGGCGUCGGGGCCCAAGAAGGAGCGCCGGCGGACGGAGAGCAUCAACACGGCGUUCGCCGAGCUGCGGGAGUGCAUCCCCAACGUGCCGGCAGACACCAAACUGUCCAAAAUCAAGACGCUGCGCCUGGCCACCAGCUACAUCGCCUACCUGAUGGACGUGCUGGCCAAGGAUGCCGGAGAGACUGAAGGCUUCAAGGCCGAAAUUAAGAAAUUUGAGAAUCGGGAUCUGAAAAGGAAAAGGGAGAUGAACGAAGGUCCAGCACAGGACUCGUUUGGUCCCGAGAAGAAAGUGAAGGGUCGGACCGGGUGGCCGCAGCAGGUUUGGGCUCUGGAGCUCAACCAAUGACCCACGCCCCCCAAAAAAAUAACUCCCAAACCACUUGUACGGCCGCACGUGAACGCAUCAUCGUCAUCCGUUUGAAGAAAAAGGGACUUUUCAUAUUCUCUCCUGCUGUUUAAUAAGAAAUGUGGAAUAUUGUGUUUAUCCCUCCUUCUUGCUGUGUCCCCAACAACCCACGAAAAAAAGUUUAAAUUAUGUGUUGAAAACAAAACCAAUACAUUUAAAUUAUUCUUUCAUUUUUUGUCCCACGUUUUAAAAUUGCAACACCUGUACUGUCUUCCUUUUGGUGGCAAUUUUAUUCGGGGAUCUAGUUGAUUAUUUUAACUGCCUUUUUUUGAUGGGGGGCUACGCUUUUGUUUUGUGUUUGUAUUGGCACAUUUUAUUUCUUGGUCUACUGUUGCUCGGUUUUGUGUGUACGAAUGUCGUGUUUGGUAGCGUAAGGUGAAGUCAUUUCAUUGGAUAUAACGUAAGAAAAAAAUCGAAAGGAAAAUACUAAAUGACAUCAUGUAUAUUUUCCACCGAGUGUGAAGCCAUACUCAAGACAGAAGACGUAAACAUUGUGACUUUUUUGUAUGCCUUGUUGUAUAAUAAGAAUCUACCUCAACGUGCUCACUGUCCGCUUGAAUAGACGCACUCGAAUGUUGUUCACCUUCAACGCAGCUUGACUCACUCGCAAACGACAAGAAAAAGUACGACUUCAAUGAUUUGUGCAAAAUGUGGAUGGGAAUGUACAUUAUACGUGAAGCUAUAUAAUAAAUUGAAAUUUUAUGACUCCCA